AUGAAGAAAAGCGCCAACAUCCAAGAGCAGCCCACAGUGGCUAUGUCCGCAGGGUUCGACGAUGACCUCCAGAAGCCCGACCUGACCCAGCGCCACGGCGUCAAGCAAAUGGACGUCGAGUCCACUGCUCUCGCAGACGCCAUCGCCAAGGAUGCGCCAGACUACAGGUCAACCAUGCUGAUCAAGCUAUACGCUAUGAUGGCGCUUUGCGUCCUGAACGGCAUCAUGAAUGGCUACGACGGCUCCGUCAUGAGUGCCAUCAAUGCCAUGGAUCCCUUCCAAGACCGCUUCAAGAUUGGCAUGACCGGCAACCUAAACGGUGCCGUGUUCUCCGUCUACACUGCUGGCAGCAUCGUGGGCAGCCUCGGCUGCGGCUUCAUCAUGGACAAAUGGGGCCGUCGAGGGGGCAUGUUCAUGGGUGCCGGAUUCAUCGUCCUCGGCUCCGUGCUGCAAGCUAGCAGCCACCACCUCCCCCAGUGCAUGAUCGAUCGCUUCAUUGUCGGGUUCGGCAACCCCAUGUGCGCGACGACUGCCGCUGUCUUCAUCGUCGAGCUAUCCUACCCCACGUGGCGAGGCCUGGCUGGUGGGUCGUACAGUGUGCCCGGAUGGAACAUUGGUGCCAACAUUGCUUCCUGGAGCUGCUAUGGCACCAAUUACUUUACCAACGACUGGUGCUGGAGGAUCCCCUACAUCAUCCAGCUCUUCUUCCCCUCGGUCGUCUUCUGCCUCGUCUGGUUCCUGCUUCCCGAGAGCCCCCGCUGGCUCUGGGCCAACGGACAAGCCCAUCGCGCCAGGGAGAUCUUGGUCAAGUACCAUGGCAACAACAGCCCGGACUCGGCCCUCGUCAAGCUCGAGAUUAUCGAAAUGCAGGAGGCUCUCGAGGCCGAGGAGGAGACCAGCAACCGGAACCUGAACUACAAGGUCCUCGUCGAUAACCGGCCCAACCGUCUCCGCCUGUGA